CUAUCCGCAAUUGGAAGGCUGAGUGUCCUUCUGAUCCGCAUGAAUGGUUGUCCUAUUGUGCUCUUCACUCGAUCUGCUGGCAGGUGUGGCUCGAGAGGAAUCAUCGUAUGUUCGAAGGUUGUGCUCUUCCAGCUUCCUCGGUGUUCCAGAAGGCGGUGUACCCAAUUGUCGAAUGGCUUGUGGCGCAUGGAAAGAUCAGCAAAUCUCAAGGGUUUCAAUGGUUGCGGCCUUGCCGUUUAUCGUGAUUUGCUUUCUUUGGGAUGCUAGGGUCAGGGCUUCUGAUGGCUGCUGCUGGUUGGCUCUGCGUUGGCUGUCUGGUGCUCUCUCCUUGUUGGCUGUGUCGUUAGCGUUGGCUGUGUUUGAGGGUUAAUGUUUGUUUUUGCUCUUGCUCUUGUAUGUUGUUUUCUUCUUUUUUUCUUUUCUCUCUUCUUUGUUAUAAGUUUUUUCCUGUUCUGUGAGGGCAGGGGGCUUCCUGGUUUGCCUAGCUCCUCUUGGUGCCCGCACUUCUUGUGCUGGGCUUUUUCGUUUGUUGUCGUAUUCGUUUGUCUGUUUGGACUCUCUUUUUGGCUUAUUAAUUCAGUAAUCACCAUUAUCAAAAAAAUAUUGUAUUUGGGCUGGUUGGGUUCUUGUAGGGGUGGGGUGUUUCUUUGGAUUGUCGUUUCUUUCUUGAUCUCUCUCGGUUAUAAAAAAAGGCUGUCAAAUCGGUUUAUAUCGUAGCGCCUAUUUAGCAAAGUGAUAUGGUUCUACUGGUGGUACAAUUGGUUUGUAUCGGUCCAUUCUGGUUUAAUAAAAUAUGAAAAACCAUUAACAACGAAUGAAGUUAAGCAUAUAUAGAACAUAUUUGAAGACAAUUCACUUACAAUCUAUAUCCAUACUUAAAUAAAAUAUAACAAUAAGUACUCACAUUUAAAUACAACAUUUAAUGUCUACAUUAAUCAAGAUGAAGGUGGGGAAGAUAGUGGUCCAUUUUUCUAGGAUGAGGUUCAAAUUUCUUGGCUUCAAGGUAUUUUUCAAACAGUGGCAAUGCGGGAUAGGGUCUUUUCGAAAGCCCGUGUUAAGAAGAGUCGAUAUCGCACGAUUCAUGUGGGAAGAGGGAUGAAUCAACGGGGUCAUUUUCUUCAAAUCUUUGAACUGACAAGAAAAUGCAAGUUCUUCAAGGUGUUGAUCCCCUUCCGAACUCUACCGCUUGUUAGGCAUCGACUUUGCUAAAAGAUUUAAUUAAGUGGGUUGCUAGAAGCGACCAAAGUUGUUCUCCUCUUUGGAGCCUCCACGUUCUCUAUUUGUCACAAAAGAUAGAUCAUUUGCCGACGUUGUUAGAUAUCAUAGGCUCUAUGGUGCUGGUCGAUGUUCCAUCAAUUGGCAGGGCAUGAGAAAUUAAUCAAAGUGGGAGACAAGAGAGUCAAUAAACGUCUAGACCUCCUAGGAAGAAGUCUAGUUAUCGAAUUCUCUUCGUCGGACUUGAGCUCUUUCACGUCUAACUUGGUUCCAGAUUUUAGGAAAUGGGCGAAAAAAUUCUGGUAAUUGACGACAAUUAUGACUUUAAGCAUCUCUGUUAUAAAAAAUGGCUUCUCAUUUGCCCGAGAGUCGUCAAUGCUCUUCGGAUUGAGCUUAUAGACCAUGCAAAGUUCCAAAAUUUCUCUAUAUCUAUCUCGGUCUGGGAAGCGAAUUCUUGUCUCUCCAGGUCUGCUUCUCCUAAUGACCUAUGUAUCUUUUUUUUCCGAAUCCCUUUUCACUU